AUGACACGCUCAUACGAGGCUGCAAUUGCAGCGCUCAAUUCCUUACAGACUAACUUUGCGAUUGUGGAGGAGCUGCGGAAAUCAAGGUCGCGGGAGGAUAUGAACAAGCGAUCCCUCCCGGAGACGGUUGAAUGGCUUCGUCGUAUUGGAUAUAAGGUUGGCAACAAAAUAUGCCGUAUGCUGCCUGCCGAUCUGGAUCAAUUGAACCCGGUGCAUGUUGCGGGGACCAAGGGCAAGGGCUCAACCUCCGCAUUCAUCUCCACCAUUCUCUCCCAGUACACCAAGUCGGAGCCGGGCCAAUCCACCCCUCGACUUCACAAGGUCGGGCUCUACACAUCCCCGCAUCUGCGUUUCGCCCGCGAGCGCAUCAAGAUCGACAAUGCCCCGCUUUCCGAGGAACAAUUCGCUCGGUACUUCUUCGAAGUCUGGGACCGUCUAGAGGAUGCAGCCAGGGUGGCUGGUGAGGAUCCCACCGCGCCGGGCGCGAAGCCGCAAUACUUCCGUUAUCUGACGCUGAUGGCGUUCCACACGUACUUGAGCGAGGGCGUUGACGCUGCAGUCAUCGAGUGCGGCAUUGGAGGAGAAUACGAUUGCACCAAUGUGAUUGAGCGGCCAAAGGUGACGGCUAUCACCAGUCUUGGAAUUGACCACACCGCUAUGCUGGGUACUACAAUUGAGCAAAUCGCAUGGCACAAGGGUGGUAUCAUCAAGUCUGGUGUCAAAGCUUUCACAGCCCCGCAAGGCCAAAGCGCAGAGAGCGUGCUGGCCGAGCGUGCUGCAACCAAGGGCACUCAGUUGGACGUUGUGUUUGAGCAUCCCGACCUUCGUGCAGGUACCAGCCAAGUGAAGCUUGGGCUGGCAGGUGAUUUUCAAUACAUCAAUGCCUCCCUGGCAGUCGCAUCUGCUGCAGAGUUCUUGAGAAAGAUGGGCGUGGCGGAGAUAUCUGAGAAUGUCAUGUUUGAACCUCUUCCAGCCAAGUUCAAGGCCGGGCUUGAGGAGACUCGCCUGGGUGGCCGGUGUGAGACUCGCUUCGAGAAGCACGUCACUUGGUAUAUCGAUGGAGGACAUACGCUGGAGAGCAUCCGGCUGGCUGGCCAGUGGUUUGCCUCGCAAAUUCACGCCGACUCGUCAUCUAACGAUGUUGCUACGAAAAAGCCGCGGAUCUUGAUUUUCAAUCAGCAGACUCGGGACAGCUCAGCUCUGGCUCGUGCCCUCCAUGAGACUCUCGCUGCUGCAUUAGAAUCCGACACUCCUUUCACCCACGCUUUGUUCUGCACAAACAUUACAUACAAGCAAGCUGGUUUCCGUCCCGACUUGGUCAGUAUGAGCACUAAUGCUGACGAUCUCGAGCUGCUUCGGGUUCAAAAGUCACUCGCAGCUACCUGGAAUGAGAUUGACCCCAAGGCUCACACCCAAGUGUUUGGAACGAUUGAAGAGGCCGUUGACUUUGCGCGUAAUGUGGCUGCUCAGGCACGCAAGGCCAUCCAGGAAGACGAGGCGCCUGUCAUGACUUUUGUCACUGGUAGUAUCCAUCUCGUCGGUGGCUUCCUCGAUGUGGUUGAGACGAAGCCAUACACAGAGAAUGCUUAA